UUUUAAUCUCCACCAGACCUUUCUUAUUCUCUUAGUAUCAGGUUCAGGUUUCAUUGAAUGUUUUGAAACUAAACUCUACAGAACCCCACAGAUAGCAAGGCGAUGCUUAACUAACUCUUUUCCAAAUGUUGCCUCAGUGAGGACCAGUCUCCAGCAGCUCAGGGGUUUGAGGGUGAGUCUAAAAGAGUAUCUACAGACUAUCAAUCAACUUUUCUACCUGAGGGAGUAAAACUUAAUACUCUGGAACUGUCAGUGGUGGGGGCGGGGACGACAGCACGGGACUAAACUCUCUGAGGCCUGUAAAAAGUAAAAACACACACUUAGGGUCUUUCUCUGUUCUCUCUCUAAUCUUGUCUUUAUUUUUCCUUCACAGCUUAUAUAUCCUGACCAAAUGUUUCAGACAGUGUAAAAAUUACAAUGUGGUUACAUUCUGUCUUUCAAGUUAACGAUUAUAACGAAUACAGGUAAAAAACAUGUUUCCCAUUUCCCUUACAUGGUUAAACAUCCUGUGUAUUAUUGAUGAAAAACAAAUUAUUCCAAGAACUCACAUACAUUCAUGUCCAAGCAACUUGUAGAUUAACACAGUGUAAGCAAGUGAGGUAUUUUUCUCAGUCACUCUUUUACUGUCAGGCUGCAUUUUGUGGUUUCAAAGUAAGAAUCAAUUGCUUUAUUACUUGUCUCAAAAAGUAAUUUUAUAAGGAAUCUUAAAAAAAAUCACUAACCUAAUCUUUUUUUUAAAUGAUUUAUGUAUUUAUUUAUUAUGUAUGCAACAUUCUACCUCCAUGUAUGUCUGUACGCCAGAAGAGGGCGACAGAUCUCAUUACAGAUGGUUGUGAGCCACCAUGUGGUUGCUGGGAAUUGAACUCAGGACCUCUGGAAGAGCAGCUGGUGGUGCUCUUAACCUCUGAGCCAUCUCUCCAGCCCCCCUAACCUAAUCUUUUAUAUAUAAAAAACAGUCAGUUCUACUUUAUUCAGGGUAUACUCGUUAACAUUGUUUUAUAUCAGGAAACUGAGGACAGAAAUUAAUCAUCUUUAAUCAUCAACCAAUUCUAGCAAGAAAGGCACAUCAACUAAUAAUGAUUGGGCUGCUUUGUUCUUGUUCCUUGAUCUUACAAGUCCCUCACCGAACUGUGCCUUUCUAAAACCUGAGGUUGUUUCCUUGAGUUUUUCACCUCAAAGCUAUUCACAGAAACGUCUCAAUCUAACCUUAAGUCAUUUCCAAAGCUUUGUUUCAGCUGUGAUGUACUCCAAAACCUGGGAACACAUCUCCCAACAUUAAGAUUAAAAGAAUUUGAGCUAGCUGGGCUUCUGGGACUCAAUUGUUUUUCCUUAAUCAUUAAUUUAAACCACAGUCUUUGUGGUUUCUCAAUAGAAACUCAUGUGUUCUAGCUGUGUGACUCUUUCUUGUUUUAUGUUUUAUCCUCUGCAACCUCUGCUUUAUCAGAGACAGGGACAAUAUUUUAUCCUACUUUUACCUAUGUUAAUUUUUCUACUAAACUAACCUAACUUUACUAUGUUUAUUAAAAACCCUCAAUCAUCAAAAUUCUACUUAAACUAACACUAUUAUUAUAUUAAAUCAUUGUUCCAGUCAAACAGCACAACUUAUUAGGAGGAAAUGACCUUCUUAAUAAUCCACAGGUAAAAAUGCCCAGGAAAACAGGAUAUUUCCAAAACUACAUUAAGGGCAGUGGGGAGUCUCCCCAUGCCCAUUUAUUCCAUGCCAGGUACCAGAGAAAAAUGGCAGCAGCAAAGAUACAGCAGUAGCAAGAAACAUUCUGGGGCCAAGGCUCUCAGGGCCUCACCUGAGAUUCACCCAGCAGAGCUUUGCUUCCUGGUGAGCUGGUUUCCCUAACCGCCACCUGCUGCUCCUCUGACAGGGCCACCAGUAACUAAAGGUAUAAAACUUUGACAGGGACACAAAACAGAAGGUUUAGCCAUUUGCCAGCUAGUGCUGCCCAAUGGGUGGGUUUGUGGCAGGAAUGCUACUGCUGAAGGAUGAUGGGAGGGGAGCACAGAAGGGGAGGCAGGGCAGCUCAGGCCAGCCGCUGGCCCUGCGGCUGCCUUAUCCUCUGGCAUGCUUUAUUCCUCCGGGGUUUUCUCAGUGCUGCUUCUCAUUAGCUCUCAUCUUUAUGCCAUGGUCACCCUCCUGGGGAAAGUCAUAAAUAAAGCUUCAGUUCCCGUCCCAACAGUGCUGCCAGGAGUUCCUCUUUUGGCAGCCUCCCCCACAGCAGACCACGAGAGCUACUGAGCAGCAAAGUUGUCUUGGUGGUGACAACACAGCCUCACCCUAAGUACGGGAAAGCCUCCCAGGCAGGGUGCUAGCUCUACCCUUCCUGCACUGGAGCAGUGUGAGCAGGAACACCAGCCCAGCCACCAGAGCAGAGCAUCCCUCCUCACCAGAGCAAGUCUUGUGUUCCCCGCUUGCCUGGGGAAUGUAGGAGCACAAGACCUGAGCUUCUCAUCUGCCUUACAUUGUGGUUGAUGUUUUCAACUUUUCCAAAAAGCAUUCUGAAGGAGUUUCUUGAAGAAGGAGCCUAAUAUUGUGUUGAUGAGAGAAGCCAGGGUGAGUAUAUGGCCAUGGAGUAGACAGGUUCUGUCUAGGUACACCUGUCCUUCAUGUGAGGUGGUAUACCUCAGCCAAGUCUGGAAGACCCACUUGGGUAGCCCAGGGAAGGCUUAUGGGCAGAGGUGGGCCCAGCACUGGAGAAUCACAGACCUUCCUGGAAUCCACACACAUCCUUGGCCCUGAAGCCUGAGGCUCCUCUCCCUAAGUGUCUGUCUCCAUAUUGUGGUCUUGGAGGGAAUGCCUACUUCACUUCAAGCUGGGGGGUAACUGAAGGGAGGGCUGUCCACAAAGGCAGUGAGUCAAAGGUUAAGAGUCUGGGUUCCUCAAUGAUAUGUGAUGGCAAUGUCUAGCAUUGCAGCCCAGGCAUCUAGCUAGGCUUUUAUCCCAGGAAUUGCUGGAACAGGCCAGUUCUAAGUAAGGUAGGCCAUAACUCCUCUCAUUACCCACCACUGAGAUAGGCCGCACCUCACUCACCUCCCAGAGCAGUCCAAGCUCCUUAGUGCACCAAGACUCCCUAGACUGGGCCGUACUACCUCUUGGCCACUGCCACAUACAUGUGCACACAUUUUGCAUUAUUCCAGGCCUUUGUCAAGUCUUCAACCCUUAAAUUCUUCCCUCUAGUACAGGCUCAGUUCACAACCCCUUGUUUUAAAAGUUACCUGGCAUCCCACCAUAGCGCCUACCUUCUGCUCUGGCCUCUAUUCAUAUAGGCUGAGCUUGGCUGCCAUCACCCUAUUUGAGCCUGGUUUCCUACUACCUGAACUGUUUUCAUAAAUACAAGUUUCAGGUUAGCCCCAGUCUCAUUUAGAGGGGAAACAGACCCAGAGAGCCUAAAUAGGUCUCACCAGCUCACAGCAGGCUAGUCUUGGCCCGAUUUCUUCUGCCUGGCCUCUAAGGGACACUUGCUAAAGCUGACCUGCCCCCUUUCCCUUUAGGUGCUACUGAGGGCCUAGUUCUCAGCCUUCUGCCUUCUCAUCCUGUGACAACUGAGGGUCCUAGCAGGCCAUGCAGCUGUGCCAAGGUGCCUCCAGCAUGGCAGCAGCCGAAGUACCCAGCUACCUUGUGUCUCCUCAGACGGAGAAGCACCGGCGGGCCCGCAACUGGACAGAUGCAGAGAUGCGUGGCCUCAUGCUGGUCUGGGAGGAGUUCUUCGAUGAGCUCAAGCAGACCAAGCGCAAUGCCAAGGUGUAUGAGAAGAUGGCCAGCAAGCUCUUCGAGAUGACUGGGGAGCGCCGACUAGGCGAGGAGAUCAAGAUCAAAAUCACCAACAUGACCUUCCAGUACAGGAAAUUAAAAUGCAUGACAGAUAGCGAGUCCGUCCCGCCGGACUGGCCCUAUUACCUAGCCAUUGAUAGGAUUCUGGCCAAGGUCCCUGAGUCCUGUGAGGGCAAACUGCCGGAUGGCCAGCAGCCGGGGCCCUCCACGUCCCAGACCGAGGCGUCCCUGUCACCGUCUGCUAAGUCCACCCCUCUGUACUUACCGUAUACCCAGUGCUCCUAUGAAGGCCGCUUCGAGGACGAUCGCUCCGACAGCUCCUCCAGCUUACUGUCCCUUAAGUUCAGGUCAGAGGAACGUCCUGUGAAAAAGCGCAAGGUCCGGAGCUGUCACCUACAGAAAAAGAAGCUGCGGCUGCUGGAGGCCAUGCUGGAGGAACAGCGCCGGCUGAGCCGUGCCAUGGAGGAGACAUGCCGAGAGGUGCGCCGAGUGCUGGACCAGCAGAACAUCCUGCAGGUUCAGAGCCUGCAGCUUCAGGAGCGCAUGAUGAGCUUGCUGGAGAAGAUCAUCGCAAAGUCCAACGUCUAGGCCAUGGAGAGGAUGGCAGGUGCCACAUAGUCCUGUCUGGAGGCCCACCCAGGCUCAGGGCCCUGCCCACCCGGCAGGAUUCCGGAAAGGGGACAGGCUUCAAUCUGACCUCUGUGCUUCUCUGAAGGGCUUUCUAGGACCUCAGUGGCCCUAUGAGACCUUGGAGCCCUAGCUCCAGCAUUAAUGCCAGGGACCCUAGGGCAGUUGCUAGCGAGAAGAUCCCAGAAUCCACUCUCCAGUAUAGUCACUACCAUGAUACUUGAAACGGCUUUUGAUAUUAAACAUACUUUCCAUUGUUGCCUGGAAGCCGACUUUGCUCUCUCUGAUGUGAAGGGGAAAGGCAAGUGCUGGCUGGGACAGUUCUCCGUACACAAAAGCAAAUGCCAUAGGUCAGGGGCAGGUUGUGGGGUCUUUCUUCCACAGGAGCUGUAGCACCAACCCUAAUUACCCAGCUAUCAGAGUACUAACCCAACACAGUCACCCCUUAGGAGCUUCACACGAGCACAGGGUCCAUGCCGACUCACCUUGUUGAUCUGGCUCCUGGUAGCAGCGGCAUGCGAAGUGAGGCACAGGGCUCAGCAGAGAAAUAGUAACCAAUGACGAAGAGUGCUGAAGGGAAAGGUUGGGCCUGUGACAGAAGAAACCAGAUUCAGGCAGAGCUAGGAAGAACACCCCCACACAGAGAACUGCUCUUGCAAGCACCCAGGGGAACCUGUUGCCAGCAGCCAGGUCACCCAGAGCCAUGUACUUCUGGAGGAAGUUUGUGUUUUCUCUAAGCUUGUUGUGAGUGUUUCAGCCUGGCCUCUGAGAAGGCAUGCAAUGGCCAUCUUGCCUCUGUCAUCUUACCAUGUGAAAGAUUCUUCCCAGGACCGCCUCUGCUGAAUAGCCAUAGUACCUUUGGCCAGGCCUUGACUUUUCACCGAGGCCACAGGGGAGACUGGAAGCAAGCCUGUCUGAUUCACCCCUUGGCCCCAGGCCAAUUGCAGUUCCAGAGGACCAGAUUCAGUGGAGCUGGGUUAGGUGCUUAUGUGUUUCAGUUUUCCCUGAGACUUAGAGUAUACUUCUGAGGUCAGGGGUAAUAGCAAGGUAUCCCCAUGCAGCUGCCAAUCAUCCUGAGGUGAGAGUACCAGCUAUACUGACUCUUCAGUAAUAGCCAAGCAUGAGGGGUGGGGAGGGGCUACAAGUCUGUGUCACCAGAUGAUGUGGCACCCUACCCCAGGCUACCUAUGGGAGGGGCUGCAUGCCCUAUGCAGCUGAGACAGAAUAGUGAGCACGAUCUACCUUGAUCUUAGGUCCUCUGAGCUCUCAGUCCCUCUGCCCCGCAUAGGUCUCCUGAGUCCAUGUCCCGUGGGCUCUGCGUUUUGCUAGCAACCUCAGGCAGUGGGAAACAUUCACACAGUGGUAUAGAUGGAGCACCUGUCAGUCUGUGGUGUAGACAAAGCAAAGCGCCAGCUGCCUGUGUGCUGUCCCUAUACCCCUAACAAGGAAGAGAUCAAAUAGUUGGUUCUUAGGCACCAGUGCAAGUAACUACAGCUCUCUCCUGAAAAGCAGUUGGUGGCUCCAGGAAGACAGAGAACUCAGGGGCAUGUGGUACGUGAGAGCCAAGUCGGGAACCUGACCUCCUUCUGCCUCCCAGAAUUCAUCUGCAGCCUUAGUUGCUGGGGACCCCACCAUGGACACUCAGUGAUCUGCUGACAUACAUCUGCCUGUCCUCAUUUGUGGGUCAUGGUGGCUAAGCUACCAUGAAGCUCCUGAGCCUCAAAAAAUGGGGGGGGGGUCUAUCCUAGAAGAGAGAGUAGUGCUGUCUGAGAGGCUGCUGGAGGGGAGCACUGGCCACUGGGUCUUGGCACUUCAUAGGAGGGGACAGAAGGAGGGUCAGGAGGCAGCCAGUGACUUCAUGGAUCCCAUAUUCCAGAAUUGCAGCAGCGGUACACUGUUAACUCCGUACUCCUGUCAGUUAGCAUCUUUGCAUUCUGCAUGCAGAGGCAGCCUCUGUCUGAGCAGUCUAGGACUUGUUUGUUUGUCCUCUUGAGGUUAGAUGGGACUGAUCUCUUGAACACCUGAGGUUGACCAAAGGUUCCACAAUGUGUCAUUGAGGACUUUCUAGUUUCUUCUUUAGCUAUUGAGUUGUUUGAGGAGUAAAAUAACUCUAUUAGUAAACGCUAAAAUAAUCUGAUCUGGUUCAGCAAAACAUGAACACAGGAGCCAGGCAAGUGCUUUCGCCAUCACAACCUGAUCCUCUGCCAUCUAGAACAAGACACUGGUCAACAAACAGAAAGCUAAGGGACGGGAUGAAGACAUGAUAGUUCCCUUUAUCUUCAGAUACUACUUUUGAUGAUCCCGAAAACCAAAUACACAGACCCUCAAGAGCUUCAACCUAAACGUAUUAAAAUUGACAAUGAGAAAGGAGUCCACUCAACUGAAACCUGGGUAGUAGACUGCCCAGGAGUGGAUCUAGCCAGAAAGAUGGAGAAAGACUGGCGAAGAUACACCGCGUCACUGAAGGAUGCAAAACGGUCCCUAGUGUGGGCGCUGAGUGCACCACAGAAGCUCCAGCCUUCUCAUUUUAGUCACUUGAUGCCACUAUGUGUCUAGCAGAACUGCAGGUUUUGUUUUGAAAUGACAAAAUUAUGUUUAAAUUCAUGUGAAACAAAGAAUGGGGCCAAAGGUGGGAAGAUGUUCUCCGUAGCCUGCAGAGCUGGGACGUGCAGGCACAUUGGGAGCCUUCAGGUUACCUCCUGUGGUGAUACUAAUGAGAAAUGUCACCUGUAUUCUCAGACAUUUGAAUACUCAAUCUCCAGGUGGUGGCACUGUUUGGGGCAGCUUCAGCGUGUGACCUUGCUGGAUGAGGUGCCACUGGAGGCAGGCUGGGAGAAUUUAAAAGACUUGUGUGAUUCCUAGUGAGCUCUGUACUUCCUGCUUAUGGUUCAAGAUAGGAGCUCUCAGCUGCCCCUGCUACCAUGCCUGUCUGCUGCUCUUCUUCCCUGCUAUGAUGAUGAUGGGCUCUCGUCCCUCUGGAACUGUAAGCCCAAACAAACUCUUCCUUCUGUCGGUGGCUUCGGUCAUGGUGGUUUAUACCGGCAGCAGGGAAGUAACUGGUCGACAUCACCACAUGUGGGCCUGGCCGGGAGUCUGAUGGACUCAGAGACCGGGAAGCGCCUCGACUCCCACAGUGUCUAAGGGGAUGUGACAGCCUCAUCAGUGAUCAUCUGGGGAGAUGUUCCUCUCCAUGCAGCAGCUCCACACUCACACGGCAGCUCAGCAGGGCGGCUCAGCAUGUCAUCCGAGCACGGGAGAGCUCUGGGGACCCUAGUGACUAAGAAAAGUGACCAGCAAUGGAUUCCAGAAAACUUUAAAGAGUUCCAACCAGCAACACCAGUACCUCUAGAAAACCUUAUUUAAAAAUUAAACUGUAGGGGCUUGGAGAGAUGGCUCAGUGGUUAAGAGCACUAACUGCUCUUUCGUAAGACCAGGGUUCAAUUCCCAGCACCCACAUGGCAGCUCACAACUGUCUAUAAUUUCAGUUCCAGGGGAUCCAACACCUAUGGCAAAACACCAAUGCAUAUAAAAUAAUUUUUAAAAACUUUAGACAUAUAAAAAUGUUAUUUAUUUCAGAACAAUAAACCCAUUAAAUAUUACUAUCAGGACCAGUUGUAUUAAAAUGUAUUUUCCAAAACAAGGUUUCAACAAGAAAAGUGGCAUUGUUUUAUAUUUGUAUAAAUCUCUGGCUUACAGGAACCAGCAAUGAUUCCUCAGGUACCUGUGUACUCACCUACCAGCAGAGUUUUUGGUUGUUAAAUGCAGAAUUCUAUUCAGAAAGUCCAACCUCACAGGAAGUUACCUGUAAAAAAGAGAUAUUUAAAGAACAAUUCAGUGUGGCUGCUUUGACUUUGUCCUACCUCAAACUUGAGGAGAGAGGAGAUAGGGUUUUUUUUUUUUUUCUGGACCUAGGGAUUGAACCCAGGGUCUCCUGCAUGCUAGGCAAAUGUUCCUCCAUUCAGCCACCUCCCCAAAGCCCCAACCUUUCCUUGUGUCUCAUCUUAUGCCUCACUGGCUCUUUAUCUUUCUGUGUUUAUGUACCCAGAAGGCAUUUGGAAACAUUUUUGGAAAAUAUUGUGCCUAGAGUGAUACAAGUAUUCCUAGUGUUACAACAUGUCAUCAAUCAGAUACCAGAGAGUCACCUUUGUCCAGUCACUAAGAAUUGAAGAUGGAAGUUUCUGUCCUGCCUGGUCCCAUAGCAUUCAAUCCCAAAGAAACACACAGAGGCUUAUAUUAUAUUAUAAACCAUUUGGCCUGUUAGCUCAGACUUACUAUUAUCUAGCUCUUACAACUUAAAUAAACCCAUAAUUCUUGUCU